UAAAUGUGAAAUAAGCGAGUUAAUAGUAUAGUAGAAUUACACCACACUAUGUCAUUAAACAAAACAUCCUUAAAAGCCUAUUAAAUAAAUAUUUUUAUGUAAAGACAAAACAAUUUAAUAUAUUAUUAACUGACUACUACUUAGGAGAAACCUAGCUAGUAGCGAGAUUACAGAUAAAUUUACUAUCUCGCGACUGGAAAAUUACAAGACAAUUUAUACUAUAUACACUCGAAUAAAAGUGCCAAUAUCUGAAAAUAUAUCAAAGCAUGAUAACGUGUGAUAGAGAUAUUUUUUAUUAAUUUUGAUUCUUAAGAGAUGUAUAAAACAUUAUAUUCAUCAGUCAAUGUUGAUAAGUUUGUAAGACUAGAUUAAUUGGGGUUUCUAUUCUAAAGUGAGUUAUAAUGAUUGUUGUGCUCAUUUCCUUGCUUUUCGGAGGACUCUUCGCAGCAUGUUACUUUUAUUUGGUCAGGAAUUACAAUUAUUGGCGCAAUCAGGGCAUUCCAUGCGCGAAGGGCCUGCUUCUUGGGCUUGGCCACAUGUGGCCGGUCGUGUCUUUGAAGAUGAGCUUCUCCGAUUUCAUUCAACAGAUUUAUAAGGAUCAUCCGCAACACAGCAUGGUCGGUAUUUACAACAAAACGCAGCCCGCAUUGGUAAUACGUGACCCAGAAUUGGUGAAAAUAGUGAUGGAAUCGAAUUUUGACAGUUUUUCCGAGAAUCUAGUGAAAGUGGACCCUCAGCUCGACCCUCUUUUUGCGGUGAAUCCCUUUUUUGCCACCGGCGAAUUGUGGUUUAUAUCUCGGAAACGUUUGUCUCUCGCGUUCACCAGCAAACGGCUAAAACUGAUGUACAGUUGCGUCGAGCAGGGUUGUAAAAAGUUCGAUGACUACCUGGACAGAAAGAUGAGCAAAAGCAACGGCAUAAUAGAGCUUGAGAUGAGGAAUCUAUUUUGCAAAUAUACCGGCGAGGUGGUAGCCAAGGCGGUCUUCGGCGUUGAGGGUUUCUGUUUUGACGAAAAUCACCCGACGUCGUUCGUCACGAUGGGAAAAUUGAUAUUCGAUCCGACGCCUCUUAGCAAAAUCGCACAAACUUUCAACUUCUUCUUGCCUGAGUUCAAUAAGAUCCUGAAGAUACCGUUUGUGCCUAAGCAGGUGGAUUAUUUCUUCCGCAGAAUUGUGAAGGAGGUGCUACACGUCAGGCAACAGGAAAUUGAGCAUAAAAACAACUUUUUGCAGUUAAUGCUAGACCUGACGAAGAGCGAAGGCAAGCAGAUCGACGAGGAUUUCCUCACUGCCCAUGCUUUCACCUUUUUUUCCGACGGUUACGAUACGUCCAGCAUUACUUUGAGCUUCGUCGCUUAUCAGCUUGCCCGACAUCCGCACAUCCAGCAGCGACUUCGCGACGAAGUGGAGACCGUAUUUGAUAAAUACGAUGGCCAAUUGACUUACGAUUCGCUAAAAGAGAUGACGUAUAUGGAUCAAGUGAUCAGCGAGUCGCAAAGACACUAUACUACGAGUGGUACCAUUGCUAAAAUCUGUACCAAGGAGUUCGAAUUAAAAGGCUCGGAUGGGUUGUGCUGCCGUGUAAAACCGGGAACACAAAUUAUUAUCUCUAUCUUUGGAUUGCACAAAGACCCAAAAUACUGGCCCGAUGCAGAUGUUUACGAUCCCGAUCAAUUUUCCGCGGAUAGAAAGUCUGAAAUCACGAAGUUCACUUUCUUGCCGUUUAGCGCAGGCCCGAGAGUCUGCGUGGGCAUGAGAAUGGCAUUGUUGCAGUUAAAGGCUUGCUUGGCAACUGUUAUAAGAAAGUAUAUCCUGGAGGUAUCGCCGAAGAUCCAAGAGCCCCUUAGAAUGCAGCCUGGCAGCUUCAUGACGGCACCUGUUGGCGGAAUAUGGCUUUAUUUGAGACAAAAAAUCCGACGUUCUUGUUUGCUCCGUGAAACCUGUAUAUCGUUGGAGUCAUCAGAGUCACCGCGUGCGCGCUCGAUCGUCGAGGUUAAGCAACAGUUUAAUGCGGUCAUGGAUGGGUGUCAGCGAUAUACCGCUUAGGAUCGAAAUUAUCGCAGGAGGAUUCAUGAAAGUUUGGAAUGUGUUGACAACCUUCGAUAUCUAGUAGUUUAUGAGACAUGAGAAAAUUAAGAAUAUAAAUAUAUUUUUGUAAA